AUGCCAAGGAAACCACAAUCUACCUCACCAUAUGCCAUAAAUUCCAGGAACCAGAGAGCACGCAAAAAAGAAAAAGAUGAAAAAUUAAAAUCAGAAUACGAUACAUUAAAGUCAGAAAACGAUCGAUUAAAAUCAGAAAAUGAUACAUUAAAAUCAGAAAACGAAAAGCUGUCGUUUUGUUUGAAUACAAUUAUUCGGUAUGGAGUCUAUCCUCCUGCUUUACAAAGUGCUGAAUUUCCAAAUGGCACCCCCAAUGUUGCUGAAUUUCCAAAUGGCAUACCCAAUGUUGCUGAAUUUCCAAAUGAAACCCCCAAUAUUGCUGAAUUUCCAAAUGACACCACCAAUGUUGCUGAAUUUAUAAAUGGCACCCCCAAUAUUGCUGAAUUUCCAAAUGGCACCCUCAACAUUGCUGAAUUUAUAAAUGGCACCCCCAAUAUUGCUGAAUUUCCAAAUGGCACCCUUAACAUUGCUGAAUUUCCAAAUGGCACCCCCAAUAUUGCUGAAUUUCCAAAUGGUGCCCCCAAUAUUGCUGAAUUUCCAAACGGCGCCCCCAAUAUUGCUGAAUUUCCCAAUAUUGCUGAAUUUCCAAAUGGCACCCUCAACUUUGCUAAAUUUAUAAAUGGCACCCUCAAUAUUGCUGAAUUUCCAAAUGGCACUCUCAACAUUGCUGAAUUUCCAACUGGCGCCCCCAAUAUUGCUGAAUUUCCAAAUGGCACCCCCAAUAUUGCUGAAUUUCCAAAUUGCAGAAUUUCCAAAUGA